AUGGCUCAGCAUGCACAAUCCCCAAUUGAGGCGGACGACGAUGGCGUCUCAAUCGACGGCUACUCCACAACAGACGAUUUGCAGAUCUCACUACGGUCAACGAUUCUUAGGUACCGCCGCGAGAACGGCCGUACAUACCACGAGGACGACAAAUACAUUUUGCCCAACGAUGAAUCUGAACAAGAACGUCUCGACAUCGUAAACCAUGUGUGGAUGGUUACCCUUGACGGCAAGUUUUGCCUCUGUCCCAAGGACAAUGGCGCAAGACGUGUCCUUGACCUGGGUACCGGAACGGGUAUCUGGUCCAUUGACUAUGCGGAGGCCUUUCCAGACGCCUGUGUUACUGGUGUCGACCUUAGUCCCAUUCAACCGAGAUAUUUGCCUCCUAAUUGCUACUUUGAACUGGAUGAUCUCGAAAAGGAAUGGACUUGGGAUACUCCUUUUGAUUUCAUCUUGGCUCGGAAUAUGGGCGGUUCAUUUUCCGACUGGGAGGCCUCAAUCAAGCAGGCUUAUGAGCACCUCGAGCCUGGCGGCUGGUUCGAGAUCCAGGAUAGCGAAUGGCCCGCUGUCUGUGACGAUGGCAGCAUGGCAAAGAACUCCGCGAUUGCCGAGUAUACGAACUUGAUGGCGCACUGUUGUGCUGAGAUCGGGCGCCCGAUCACAUUCACCCACACGUUCGAUGACCUCCUGCGGAAGGCAGGCUUUAUCAAUGUGGUCAAGGUGCCUCUCAAGUUUCCGAUUUCGCCGUGGCCGAAAGACAAAGCUCUGGAGGAGAUCGGCUUAUGGACCCAGACGUCGUUGAUUCAGGGGCUUGAAGGUAUGGCUUUGGCGAGCUUCACGCGGACCUUGGGUUGGAGUAGGGAACAGACUUUGGUCUUGUGCGCGAAGGCAAGAGCCGACAUCAAGAACCUCAAGAUUCAUGCCUACUGGAACGGCUACGUCAUCUACGGUCAAAAGCCUUUGGACGCAGAGAAGGACAAGUAG